AUGAUGCCUCAUUACCAUCAACCUUUGUUUGGGCAACAAGUUGUCUAUCACCCUAGCUCCAUGUCACCCCCUCAAGGUCAACACGUCGACUGUAACCCAAAGAAAUUGGAAUUCAAGCAUUUCCGGGAGCAGGAAUUCACAGUGUUCAACAAGUCCAACAUGCGAAUGCAGAUUCUUUUGACAAUUCCAGAAGGUUUUAAUUGUUCGCCUAUCCGAAGGAUCGUCGAACCUCGAAUGAACUUCACAUUCACCAUUGUGGCUGGCGCUGAGGCAGAGAAUGGAUUGAUGACGAUGGAAGUGAAGAGAACUAACGAUAAUGGACUCUUACAGAAAACGGAUGUAAAGUUGAUUGUCAACGAUCCAAAUGAACAACCAGCGCCGGUGGUCAUCUCAGACAACAUGAUGUUCUACAAUGAGCAGAAAUUCAGCGAUUUUGUGGUCAAAGUUGGAGAAAAGGAGAUCCAUGUGUCCAGGGCCAUCAUCAGCAGACACAGCGAGUACUUCCAAGCACUGUUCAAAAGUGAUUUUGAUGAGACAACCACUGGCGUCUUGAAGGUUGAAAAUUUCUCGGAAGGGACCAUCGAGAAUAUGCUCAAGUUCUUGUAUGGGGAUCAAGUUGAUUUGGCCCAGAAUGCCGACGAAAUGAUCCAAGUGGCCAGUUUUUAUCAGAUCGCUCCAAUGGUCGAUAAAUGCAUUAUGACUCUGGUGGAUGCAGUGGAUGAGAACAAUUACCAUGAGAUGAUUCUAUUGGGACAUCAGCUGCAGAAUGAUAAGCUGUACAGCAAGGCAAUGAAACUGGGUGCUGAGAAGUUUUACUCGUUUGAUAAGGUCAGUGGAAAGGGUGAUUUCGAAGGGCCCUUUGAGCCUCAUGAAACUCUCUGAAUACUUCUUCUUUUUUUGUUUUGCCAUGUUUAAAACUUUUUUUUUCAGACAAAGAAACGUCCUGCAAAUUCCGACAAGAAUGAUCGCUCAAAACGCUCUCGUUUAAAUCGUGGUCAGGAGUUAGAGGUUGUAGCCGAGGUCCGCCGAUACCCUUUCCCUGCUUACGAUCCGUUUGUGCAAAUGCGUGCUGGUUACCUACAACAGCCGCAGAUUCAACCGAACAGAGGUCCAAGAGACUUGGUGGAAUUUGGUCGAAUUGACGAACAUGAUGAUGAAUAA